GGUGCAGGCCGCAGCGGCGGGUCGGGGCCGCGGCGAUGCUGGAGGAGGCGGGCGAGGUGUUGGAGUCGGUGCUGAAGGCCUCGUGCCUGCCGCUCAGCUUCCUGCUCUUCGUCCCCGCCGUGCUGCUGCUCCUGGGUCCGCCGCCCGCCGCUGAGGCCGCCCACGAGUUCACGGUGUACCGCAUGCAGCAGUACGAGCUGGGCGGGCAGCCCUACGGCACCAGGAGUGCAGUGCUCAACACAGAAGCCCGCACUGUAGAAGCGGACGUCCUGAGCCGCCGCUGCGUCAUGAUGCGGCUGCUGGACUUCUCCUAUGAGCAGUACCAGAAGGCUCUCCGCCAGUCAGCCGGCGCUGUGGUGAUCAUCCUGCCUCGGUCCAUCUCUUCUGUCCCACAGGAUGUUGUGAAGCAAUUCAUGGAGAUAGAGCCAGAAAUGCUCGCUAUGGAAACCAUUGUGCCAGUCUACUUUGCAGUGGAAGAUGAUGAGCUGCUGUCCAUCUAUGAACAGACACGGGCUGCUUCUGCAUCUCAGGGCUCUGCCUCGGCUGCAGAGGUUCUGCUUCACACCGCGACGGCCAAUGGCUUCCAGAUGGUGACCAGCGGGGCGCAGAGCAAAGCAAUCCACGACUGGCUUAUUCCCAGCGUGGAGGGGAGGCUGACAGGGCUGGGUGGAGAAGACCUGCCCACUGUUGUGAUAGUUGCCCACUACGAUUCUUUUGGAGUGGCUCCAUGGCUGUCCCACGGCGCUGAUUCCAAUGGCAGUGGUGUCUCAGUGUUGCUGGAACUAGCCAGGCUGUUUUCUCGGCUCUACACCUACAGACGUACCCAUGCUGGGUAUAACUUACUGUUCUUUGCGUCUGGAGGUGGCAAGUUUAAUUAUCAAGGAACCAAGAGGUGGCUGGAGGACAAUUUGGACCACACUGAUUCCAGCCUGUUGCAAGACAAUGUGGCGUUUGUUCUCUGCCUUGACACUCUGGGCCAAGGCAACAGCCUUCAUCUUCAUGUCUCAAAGCCUCCCAAGGAGGGGACCUUGCAGCACGCGUUUCUGAGGGAGCUGGAGAUGGUUGUUGCCAGCCAGUUCCCAGAGGUGAAGUUUUCCAUGGUGCACAAGAAGAUAAACCUGGCUGAAGACAUGCUGGCAUGGGAGCACGAACGCUUUGCGAUCCGACGCUUGCCAGCUUUCACCAUCUCCCACCUGGAGAGCCAUCGGGACAGCCUGCGCAACAGCAUCAUGGACAGGAGGUCACAAGUGGACACGAAGGCACUGACCAGGAAUACCAGGAUCAUUGCUGAGGCUUUGACGAGGGUCAUCUACAACCUAACAGAGAAGGGAGCACCUGCAGACCUGCAGAUCUUCACGGAUCAGAUGCAGAUCCAGGAGGAGCAGCUGGAAUCAGUGAUGGACUGGCUGAGCAGUCAGCCCAGGGCUGCUCAGCUGAUUGACAAAGACAGCACCUUUCUCAGCACCUUAGAAUAUUACAUGGGUCGCUACCUGAAAGAUGUCAAACAGCAUCAUGUGAAGGCAGACAAACGGGAUCCUGAGUUUGUCUUCUAUGACCAGCUGAAGCAGGUGAUGAAUGCAUACAGGGUCAAGCCAGCAAUCUUUGACCUGCUCCUGGCCGUCUGUAUAGCAGCCUACCUUGGUGUUGCCUACGUUGCAGUGCAGAACUUCGGUCUCCUUUACAGGAUGAUACAGAGGUUAUCCCUUAAAACCAAGCAGCAGUGAAGCGACAGGUCGUCCUGUGUACAGCAGCACUGAGCCAUCGGUGAGCCCAGGAACCUUCUGCCUGCCGUUGAAUCCUGCCGCUUCUCUUCCUCUCUCUCCUCUUUGCUAUCCUAGAGAGGAGAGGAAGGCAGAAAGACAGCAAAAUUUCAACUCCUAUGCACCUUUUUAGGCGCUUCCCUUCCCCUCACUUGCACCAGGUUUGUUUUCCUUUGCUUUUUUUUUCGCGAGGGAAAAGCUCAGAGACUUCUGUAGCUCCUGCAAGUUGUUUAAACACUGAACAGCUGACGCUGAGCAGCUUCUGUGAGUGUAAACCCGAGUCCUGCACCUUCGUGGACAUUUGUGCCAUACAGCCAACUCGGAAGCUGAAACUACAGAGCAGAUGUAUUAUCUCUGCCCAGCAAACCAAGGACUCAGAGCACUUGCUUCGAAGAAAAUAUGCACACGCAAAUUAAAGAGAGUACUGUUAGCAUGUUUUCUGAUGGUACCUCUUCUUAAGUUUACUGCCUGGCUUUAGGGAGGUGUGCUGAGCAAGCAGUGUGUCUAGCAAGCAUCUUUAUGCAAUUUGUUCAGACAGUGCAAUAACUCAUUCCCUUUUCUUGGAGGUACACUGUAAACAGUCUUGACUGUUACGGAGGGGAUGAAGAAAGCUUGUUAAAACGGGUUCCUGCAGGAGGGCUCUUAUUGGGACGCGCCAUCCUGCCCCUGUUGGAGGAUGCAUUCUGCUUUGUACUUGAUUUCUCUUCAAGUUUGUCCUUGCACAGAUUGCUGCUGCCACUACGUGCUAAACUCUUGCUUGGUUUUUAAAGGCAUCCUGCAGUCUCAAACGUUGCAGGAUCACCUUCUGGGCUGUUUCGUGUAUUUAGGCAUUAAUGGCAAGAACAGCCCUGCUCCUGCUGAGCUCUGGCCGAUCUUCGUUCCUCAGUUUGUGCUUUCAGAUGGGUUCUGGAUUUUGGGGCUGUAUUUGUGUCCAUGUGCAUCUCAGGGUCUCAUUUUAUGUUUUUGAGCUCUGUUAUUUCUGAAAACGCAGUUCUCGACCUGCAUGUAUGAGCAAAUUCCCCAGGUGCUCCCUGCUGCCUCCCUUCGCACUCCACCCCCCGUACGUAAGAAGGGAGGCGAGACACUUGGCCAUUAAAAAAACAAGCCAAGAAACAACAAAAAAAAACCACAAUCUGUUUUAUGAUUGUUGUUUUAAACACGGCUGGUUGGAGAACUGUAACUAUGAGAGUGCAUCUCGGAGCUCCCUGUUGUCCUUAGCAAUCCUCACUUUUAGCUCUCUCCGCCUGGAAGUGUUGGCAGCCUGGCUGGCAAAGCUGGGAGGGGCAGGCAGCCAUUGCUCUGGCAUUGCCAUCAUCUGAAGUUUAAGCCUUUCUUGCACGCCACCACCACAGAGGAGGAUGUUUCCUAUUUCUGGAGAGCUGGCUGCUUUUUCAGGGCAGUGCUGUGCUCUGUUUACCCCCGGGUUCUGAAUAUAUGAGCAUUUUUGACCACAAGCCCUAUAGGCUGGUUGUAGUUCUGGAGGGGAAAGGGGUUGAAUUCCGCUGUCCUGCCACUCAAAAAUGUCUUUCUGAGUCCAUCCUUCAUUUUUUGUGCUGUAUACAUUGAGGUAUUUUCUCAGGCAACGAUGACUGCAUUAAAAAACAAACAAACUAGAAAACCCCUACUUUAAAUAAAAGCAGCACUUGUUACAGA